GUCGUGGUGUAGUUGGUUAUCACGUCAGUCUAACACACUGAAGGUCUCCGGUUCGAGUCCGGGCGACGCCAUCGUUGUACUAUCUUUAUAAUAUCAAUUUUUACUUUCACCCAUAAUCACAUCGUUUUUUCCUUUGAUUUUACAACGUUGAUUUUGGCCGUCUUUUAUUUUGAGUUCUUACACACACACAGUUUACACUGCUUCAAUCUCUCUCUCUCUCUCUCUCUCUGCUGGGAAAAUUGGAGAUGGAGAGUGAGAGGAGUCAGAGGUGGCGGAGAGUGAAACAGAAAGAGGACUUAGUUUCUCUUCUACGGAAAUCAUGGUACCAUCUUAGGUUGUCGGUACGAGACCCAUCUAGAGUUCCAACAUGGGACGCUAUUGUUCUCACUGCUGCUAGCCCCGAACAAGCCCAAUUGUACAACUGGCAACUCAACCGGGCCAAGCGCAUGGGUCGGAUCUCCCCCUCCACCGUCACGCUCGCCGUCCCCGACCCUCUCGGCCAGCGGAUCGGAUCCGGCGCCGCCACUCUCAAUGCCAUCCAUGCCCUCGCUCUCCACUACCACCACUCACAGGUCUCGACUACCUUUACCUCAAAUGGAAGUGACGUUUCUCUUAUGUCAAUGGUUAACAUGAUGGCUAAAAAGCACAUACUAUUGUUGCAUGCUGGAGGUGAUUCGAAACGGGUCCCAUGGGCUAAUCCUAUGGGAAAAGUGUUCCUUCCUCUUCCUUAUUUGGCUGCCGAUGACCCUGAUGCCCCUGUUCCUUUGCUUUUCGACCAUAUACUUGCCAUUGCUUCUUGUGCUAGACAGGCUUUUGAAAAUGAAGGAGGAAUGUUAACCAUGACUGGCGAUGUUCUUCCAUGUUUUGAUGCAUCCCUCAUAACUCUUCCUAAGGACACUUCUUCCAUCAUCACUGUUCCUAUCACCCUUGAUGUUGCUGCAAACCAUGGAGUAAUUGUUGCGGCUAAAACUCAACAUUCAACUCAAAGUUAUGCAAUCAGUUUAGUAGAUAAUCUCCUACAGAAGCCUACCAUAGAUGAGCUAGUUAAAAGUAAGGCAGUUCUGGUUGAUGGUAGAACACUUCUGGAUACUGGAAUAAUAGCAGUUAGAGGUAAGGCAUGGUCGGAGCUUGUUACACUUGCGUGUUCAUGUCAGCAAAUGAUUUCGGAGCUCUUGAAGAAGAGAAAGGAGAUGAGUUUAUAUGAAGAUCUGGUUUCUGCCUGGGUACCUGCAAAGCAUGAGUGGCUGAGAAAGCGUCCUUUGGGUGAAGAACUAGUCAAUAAAUUGGGAAAGCAGAAGAUGUUUAGUUACUGUGCCUAUGAUUUGUUGUUCUUGCAUUUUGGGACCUCAAAUGAAGUUUUAGAUCACCUCAGUGGUGUUGGUUCGGAACUGGUUGGUAGAAGACACCUUUGUUCUAUUCCAGCGACCACUGCAUCUGACAUUACAGCAUCUGCUAUUAUUCUUUCUAGUAAAAUUGAAGGUGGCGUCUCAAUUGGAGAAGAUUCUCUCAUAUAUGAUUCGUCCAUUUCUGGGGGAAUACAUAUUGGCUCGUUAUGUAUAGUGGUUGGAGUCAACAUCUGUCUAGACAACCUUUUAAGUGCUGAAGAUUCAAUCAAGUUCAUGCUUCCAGAUCGCCAUUGUCUUUGGGAGGUUCCUUUGGUUGGAAAUAGUGAACGAGUCCUAGUAUAUUGUGGUCUUCAUGAUAACCCCAAAAGUUCCCUUUCUAGAGAUGGUACGUUUUGUGGGAAACCUUGGAAUAAAGUUUUACAUGAUUUAGGUAUUCAAGAAAGUGACUUUUGGGAGUCCUCAGGCCCUGAUGAAAAGUAUUUAUGGAAUGCAAAAAUAUUCCCCAUACUUCCUUAUGCUCAAAUGAUCAAGGUUGCAAUGUGGUUAAUGGGCUUAGCUAAACAAAAGACUGAAUCCUUGUGUCCUUUGUGGAAAUUUUCCCGGCGCAUCAGUCUGGAGGAAUUGCAUAGAUCAAUUGAUUUCUCAACAAUAUGCAUAGAUUCUAGUAAUCAUCAAGCUGAUCUUGCAGCAGGAAUUGCAGAAGCUUGCAUCAGAUAUGGAAUGCUGGGGCGCAAUUUGUCCCAAUUAUGUGAAGAAAUUCUUCAAAAGGAGAGUUCUGGAGUUGAAAUAUGUAAGGAUUUCCUAGCUAUGUGUCCAAUAGUUCGGGAGCAAAAUUCUAAUGUACUUCCCAAAAGCCGGGCAUACCAGGUUCAAGUAGAUCUUCUUCGAGCUUGCAAUGAUGAAGGGACAGCAUGUAAGUUGGAGGAUGAAGUUUGGGCUGCUGUGGCUGAUGAAACUGCAUCAGCCGUAAGAUAUGGUUUUAAAGAACAUUUAUCAGAGUCUCCUGGUAGCCUUUCUUGUCAGGAAUGCCAGAAUAACCAUCAUGAUGGCUGCAUUCGUCAGCCUUUCCAUCCAAAAAGGGUAAAAGUAGAAUUACCAGUUCGUGUAGAUUUUGUUGGGGGUUGGAGUGAUACCCCUCCAUGGAGCAUUGAACGGGCUGGAUGUGUUCUGAACAUGGCAAUAAGCUUGGAAGGUUCUCCUCCGAUUGGCACCAUCAUAGAAACAACUGAAACAACAGGAGUUUUAAUUACUGAUGAUGCAGACAACCAGUUAUAUGUUGAAGAUUAUACAUCUAUUUGUGCUCCAUUUGACAGAGAUGAUCCUUUUCGGCUGGUCAAAUCUGCGUUACUUGUGACUGGCAUUGUUCAUGAUAAUAUUCUUGUAGACAUGGGCAUGCAUAUCAAGACGUGGGCCAAUGUCCCCCGUGGUAGUGGAUUGGGUACUUCUAGUAUCUUAGCAGCUGCAGUGGUGAAAGGGUUUCUCCAGAUAAUCAAUGGGGAUGACAGCACUGAGAAUGUUGCUAGACUUGUUUUGGUGUUAGAACAACUUAUGGGUACAGGAGGUGGCUGGCAGGACCAAAUAGGGGGUUUGUACCCAGGGAUUAAAUGUACUUCAAGCUUUCCUGGAAUUCCAUUGCGGCUUCAAGUUGUUCCCCUGUUGGCUUCACCCCAGUUGAUUUCUGAGUUGCAGCAACGGCUUCUUGUGGUGUUUACUGGUCAAGUGCGACUUGCACACAAGGUACUGCAGAAGGUGGUCAUUAGAUAUCUUCGCCGAGAUAACCUUCUUGUAUCGAGUAUCAAGCGCCUUGUUGAAUUGGCAAAGAUAGGGAGAGAAGCUUUAAUGAACUGUGACAUAGAUGAACUUGGUCAGAUCAUGCUGGAAGCUUGGAGAUUGCAUCAGGAACUUGACCCUUUCUGCAGCAAUGGACCUGUUGACAGGCUAUUUUCUUUUGCUAGUCCUUACUGCUGUGGUUACAAGCUGGUUGGAGCGGGUGGUGGGGGCUUCGCUCUCUUACUUGCCAAAGAUACACAGCGUGCCAAGGAACUGAGAGAGAGGCUUGAAGAUGAGAAACAUUUUGACGUGAAAAUUUAUGAUUGGCAUAUAGUUCUAUAAUAUUAUAUGAAUACAAAUAUCCUUAUAGUGUAAGAAUUUGAAUUGUAUUGUUGAUCAAAUUUGUUUUAUCAUUCUUUAUUUGUAUAUUCUACAAUUCCUAAAAUAUUGAAUUGGAAUCCAUUGUCUUACAGAAUAAGACGUUAUUUUUGAAGAAUUAAUUAUAUCUUAUAUAAUUUUAAGUGU